AUGGCAAAUGAAAGAUUGGAUAUUGUUAUAUUUGGUGCUAGUGGUUUCACUGGUAAACAUGCUGUGCAGGUAGCUGCACAACUGGCUAAAGAAAAACAAAUCAAGUUCGGUAUUUCUGGACGUCGUAAGCAAGCUUUAGAAGCAAUUCGUUCAGAGCUUGCUGCUGACAUUGAAAAUGUACCCAUAAUAAUUGCUGAUCUCAAAGAUGAGGAAUCAUUGAAAGAAAUGACAAAACAAGCCAAAGUACUAGUUAAUUGUUGUGGCCCAUAUCGAUUUUAUGGAGAACCAGUUAUUAAAGCUUGCAUUGCUACUCGUACUCACCAAGUUGAUGUCAGUGGUGAACCACAGUUUAUAGAGACGGUACAACUCAAAUAUGAUAAAGAAGCUAGAGAAGCUGGUAUCUAUAUUAUAAGUGCUUGUGGAUUUGAUUCUAUUCCAAGCGAGCUUGGUAUAAUUUUUACUCAAGACAAGUUUAACGGUGAAGUCAAUACAAUUGAAUCAUAUUUAACUACUUGGACAACCACAAAAGUAGAUAGUGCCAGGUUACACUAUGGUACCUACGAAUCAGCUGUUUAUGGUAUAGCCCAUCAUAAUGAGUUACAUGAAUUGCGUAGCAAGUUGUAUCCGGAAAAGUUACCCCCGUUCCAGCCUAAAUUGAAAAAGAGGGGCUUGCUUCAUAAAUCUAUUUCGAAUGGAUGGUCCAUGCCAUUUCCAGGGUCUGAUCGUGCUAUUGCACUACGCACACAACGAUUCUUCUAUGAAAAAUAUAAACAAAGACCUGUACAAAUUGGGUCAUACGUUACAUUCAAUUCGUUAUUUACUGCUUUGACAACUAUUAUUUUUGGUGUUAUUUUUGCGGCAUUGUCCAAAUUCGAAUUCGGCCGCAACUUAUUGCUGAAGUAUCCUUCAUUUUUCUCUUGUGGAUACGUAAGUUAUGAAGGUCCAUCGAAAAACGUAAUGGAAAAUACUCACUUCGCAAUGACAUUUAAAGCAGAAGGUUGGACCGAAAAAUCGGCUGAGCCUACCGAUAAACAUAAGGAUCCACCAAAUAAAGUUUUAAUCACUAAAGUCACUGGUGUCGAUCCAGGAUAUGGUGGCACAUGCACGAUGCUAUUGCUUUCAGCCAUGACCAUUCUUAAAGAAUCUGAUAAGAUACCAGAGAACGGUGGUGUUCUGACUCCUGGUAGUGCAUUCGCUAAAACAUCAUUAAUUGAAGAAUUAAACAAGAAAGACAUCAAAUUCGAAGUUGUUUCAUCUAUUGAGACGAAAUAAUGAUAUAAUUUUACCGUACGAUGGUGGUAGUGGGGGGACAUGAAAACAUGAAACUUUAGGUUUGGUUACAGUAUUAGAAAUUGAUACUAAUCUUUUCAUCUUUCUAAGUAACAUCGAUUGUCUAGAAACAUAUUUUUUAUAACAGCAUUUUUAUCUCGAAUGAUACAUUUAUAACCAUUUAUAAGGAAAUCCAUAUUUUCUUAAACCGUUAGACUGAAUUAC